UGACAAGAAAUGUCAUGACUUAACCUCACCUUUUAUCUCUGACUGGUGCAUAUGUCGUAAUCCACAUUCCCGUUUUCUAUUAUUUUUUACGGUAUUAAUUAAUUAAUAACCAAAUAUACAAAAAUGCCAGAAAAUGUACCGCCUGAAGGAGCUGCAAAGCAGGAGAGUAAAAAGGCAGCAAAGAAAGAAGCAAAAAAGGCAGAAAAAGCCGCAAAAAAGGCGGAACACAAAGGCGCAAAUCUACAAACUCAAACCAGUGCUACUGAAGAAGUCGACGUUUCUGCUGGAAAGUAUGGCCAACUCCCUCUGAUAAGGUCUGAUACCAAGGCCAUUCAGAGAGAAUUCACUUACAUUAAAGAUUUGAAUAAGAAAAUUGUGAACAAAACAGUCUGGGUGAGAGCCCGUCUUCAUGCAGUUAGAGCCAGAGGAAAACAAUGUUUCAUUGUCUUGAGAGACAGAGAAUUCACUGUCCAAGUUCUGACCAAUGUCUCUGACACAAUUUCUAAAGCUAUGGUGAAAUUUGCCAGCAAUAUCCCUAAAGAAAGUAUUGUGGAUGUUGAAGCAAAAGUAUCAUCUGUUGCUUCACCCAUUGUGGCUUGUUCACAACAAGAUGUUGAAUUGAUUUGCUCCCAAAUAUGGAUUGUAUCUGCUUCUGCCAAUCAACUUCCUUUGCAAAUUGAGGAUGCUUCAAGACCUGAAAAAGCUGAUGAUGAAGAAGGGUUAAAUAUAAGAGUUAAUCAAGACACAAGAUUGGACAACAGAAUUUUGGAUUUGCGCACACCAACCAAUCAGGCCAUUUUUAGAUUGGAGGCUGGAGUGUGUCGCUUAUUCAGAGAUACUUUGACCAAAAGAGGUUUUGUUGAAAUUCACACACCUAAAAUCAUCCCUGCUGCUUCUGAAGGUGGUGCAAAUGUUUUCACAGUCAGUUAUUUUAAAGGUUCUGCUUAUUUGGCACAGAGUCCACAAUUGUACAAACAAAUGGCUAUUGCAUCAGACUUUGAAAAAGUGUUUACAGUAGGAGCCGUUUUCAGGGCGGAAGAUUCCAAUACGCACAGACAUUUAACAGAAUUCGUCGGUUUGGACUUGGAAAUGGCUUUUCAUUAUCACUAUCAUGAAGUUAUGUUGACCAUUGGAGACUUGUUUACCGAGAUUUUUAAAGGAUUACGUGACCAAUACAAACGUGAAAUCGAAAUCGUAGGCCAACAAUUCUCGGUUGAACCGUUUGCGUUCUUGGAACCGCCACUAGUGCUCCAAUACCCCCAGGCCAGAAAAAUGCUCGAAGAGGCGGGCGUGAUUGUCGGCGAAGAAGAGGACUUGAGCACGCCGGCGGAGAAACUUUUGGGUAGACUGGUGAAGGCCAAAUACGACACCGACUUUUAUAUCCUCGACAAGUACCCUCUGGCGGUCAGGCCGUUCUACACCAUGCCCGACCCCAACGACCCCAUCGCCUCCAACUCCUACGACAUGUUCAUGCGUGGCGAGGAGAUUCUUAGUGGGGCUCAGCGUAUACAUGAUCCCGAACUGCUCACCGAGAGGGCCAACCAUCACGGAAUUGAUAUUUCGAAAAUUGCUGCCUACAUCGACGCUUUCAAAUAUGGUUGUCCACCUCAUGCUGGCGGUGGAAUCGGUAUGGAGAGAGUUGUGAUGUUGUACUUGGGGUUGGACAACAUCAGAAAAACGUCACUGUUCCCUCGUGAUCCUAAACGUAUAUCUCCUUAAGUAUAAAUGUACUUAUAUUUGAUUUAUUUUAACUGAAAUAAAUAUUUAUACAGCUCAAAAUAAA